AUGCUAGAUGACGAAGAAGCCCUGGUACUGCUCAUAGACGGGACGGCACCCCAGAACAUGCUACUAGAGACUUUGGACCGAGAACUGCUCUCGGACGGGACAGCACCCCAAAACAUGCUACUAGAAGUUUCUGACCGCAGGUUUCCGCUGGAGAGUCCCGUUGCACGACCGGACGAGGAGCGGCUAGAUGAGGCGGUUCCUGGAACCAGAUUCGACACGGGUGCGCUAACGACGUUCAUGUUGCUGGAAGCCUCACCGCUGGCAGAAACGCUGCUGGAAGACGACCCCAGAAAAACGUUCGAUGAGACGCUGAUGCCUGAGGUGGAGCUGCUAGUCGAGGACAACAACAAACUGGACGGCACACUGUUGAAGGCAUUGCUGCUGACGGAAGCCGAUUGA